GGGUUGGAGGAGCGGGGAGCGGUAGGGUGGGUCAGUAGCUACGGACGGCGGCCAUGAGGCGGGACGUGCGCAUCCUUUUGCUGGGCGAGGCCCAGGUGGGGAAGACGUCGCUGAUCCUGUCGCUGGUGGGCGAGGAGUUCCCCGAGGAGGUUCCUGCCCGCGCGGAGGAGAUCACCAUCCCCGCCGAUGUCACCCCAGAGAGGGUGCCCACCCACAUUGUGGAUUACUCAGAGGCCGAGCAGACGGAGGAGGAGCUCCAGGACGAGAUUCACAAGGCAAAUGUGGUGUGUGUGGUGUAUGAUGUGUCUGAAGAGGCCACCAUUGAGAAGAUCCGAACCAAGUGGAUCCCACUGGUGAAUGGCAGGACUGAGAGGAGGCCCAGGUUGCCCAUCAUUCUGGUGGGCAACAAGUCAGACCUGCGGCCAGGGAGCACCAUGGAGUCAGUGCUGCCUAUCAUGAGUCAGUUUCCUGAGAUAGAGACCUGUGUGGAGUGUUCGGCCAAGCACCUGAGGAACAUCUCAGAGCUGUUUUACUAUGCUCAGAAGGCUGUUCUGCACCCCACAGCUCCCCUCUAUGACCCCGAGGCCAAACAGUUGAGGCCCGCGUGCGCCCAGGCCCUCACACGCAUCUUCAGGCUCUCGGAUCAGGACCUGGACCACGCGCUCAGCGACGAGGAGCUCAAUGCCUUUCAGAAGUCUUGCUUCGGCCACCCCCUGGCUCCACAGGCCCUGGAGGAUGUGAAGAGGGUGGUGUGCAAGAAUGUGGCAGGUGGCGUGAGGGAUGAUCGGCUAACCCUGGAGGGCUUCCUCUUCCUGAACACACUCUUCAUCCAGCGUGGCCGGCACGAGACCACAUGGACCAUAUUGCGGCGCUUUGGUUAUAGUGAUGCCCUUGAGCUGACGGCUGACUACCUCUUCCCUCCGCUCCAUGUGCCCCCUGGCUGUAGCACUGAGCUCAAUCACCGUGGUUACCAAUUUGUGCAGCGGAUAUUUGAGAAGCACGACCAGGACCAUGACGGUGCUCUCUCACCUUCAGAGCUGCAGAGCCUCUAUAGUGUGUUCCCAGUGGCCCCAUGGGGCCCCGAGCUCCCGCACACAGUCCACACUGAGGCUGGUCGGCUCUCCCUGCAUGGAUACCUCUGUCAGUGGACCCUGGUGACCUACCUGGACGUUCAGCGCUGCCUUGCACACCUUGGCUACCUGGGCUACCCUACCCUCUGCGAGCAGGACUCCCAGGCCCAGGCCAUCACAGUCACCCGUGAGAAGAGGUUGGACCAGGAAAAGGGACAGACACAGCGCAAUGUCCUCAUGUGCAAGGUGGUGGGGGCCCAGGGAGUGGGCAAGUCCGCCUUCCUGCAAGCGUUCCUUGGCCACAGCCUGGUGGAAGCCAGGGAGUUCCCUAAGGAGCCUCCUGUCCAUGCCAUCAACACGGUGCGGGUCAACGGGCAGGAGAAGUACCUGAUUCUGUGUGAAGUGGGCGCAGACAGCUUGCUGGCCACCUCUCCGGAUGCCACCUGUGAUGUCGCCUGCUUGAUGUUUGAUGGCAGUGACCCUACGUCCUUUGCACACUGUGCCAGUGUCUACAAGCACCAUUAUAUGGAUGGACAGACCCCCUGCCUGUUCGUCUCCUCCAAGGCUGACCUGCCAGAAGGUGUCAUCCCACCAGGCCUGUCACCAGCUGAGUUCUGCCGCAGGCACCGGCUGCCUGCCCCCACCCCAUUCUCCUGCGCUGGCCGGUCCCAGCCCAGCACUGACAUCUUCACCCGGCUUGCCACCAUGGCUACAUUCCCACACCUGGUCCAUACAGAGCUGCACCCCACCUCUUUCUGGCUCCGGGGGAUGUUGGUGGCUAUCGGGGCUGCCGUGGCCACAGUCCUCAGCUUCUCUCUGUACAGGGUCCUGGUCAAGAGCCGAUGAUGCCCCUCUGUGCCCCACCCCCCACUCGCAGGCCUGGACCACAAGGCCCCCAGGUCACUGAUGUGGGGUCCCUGCUAAAUUUGCUUCCAACAACUGGCUACCAUGGCAGGAAUCUGUUCUGCCAUGUCCUGCCCUGGCUCCUGCUGAAUCUGAGGGUGGAGGUGGAAGGUGUACCCAGUGGGGGGCCAUAGGUAAGGCAGCCAGUGACCCCAGACCUAGAAUUCUCAGGGCUUUACCCCUCCUUCCUGGCUGUGGGUGACCAGUGAGUAUGCUGGGGCCAGAGGUGGUGUUCAGGGUAGGGAGUGAGUGGAAGACUGUAGCCCUGACCUUUCUGUGGAAUUUGGAUCCUUGUCCACAGUGCACCUACCACAGAACACGAGAGAUUGGGUUUCUCAAUUAAACUUCACUCGUCUUUUCCAUUUGUUGGAUCUUGGUCUCUGAAAACAGCUUUUCUUGAAUAUUUGUCUUGGUGUGUGCGGGAAAUGACAACUGACCCACCUCCUCCCCCACUGCUCCUUCCUUUCCUGGUCCCGUUCCCAAGGCCUCACUGGGGCCAAUGUGAGUAGCUGUGGAGGGGCCAGGAUCCUCAGCAUCCAUCAAUGUCUUGGGGUUAACAGUGGGUUCUCUGGGAAUGUAGCUGCCCCCACCAUCUAAGGUCCUUCUAAUACCCUUUUCUAGGACUGGGGGUCCCUCAGCACUGCUGCUCCCCAGACCUCAGCACCCAGCCUGGCUGUACUGAGAA